UACGUACACCUACUACGUAUGUACCAACACGAACGCGAAGAAGGGGCGAGUAUCAUUGUGUACGUUUACCGAACGAUUUCGCUCUGUCCACCCCCGCAUACUGCAGCACUACUACCCUACCGGUGCACACGAGUGUUAUUAUUACCAUCGUCGCCGGUCACGUGAACCGUGAGCAGCAGCAGCAGCAGUCCAUCGCAGCUAGUGGUGCAACGCAGCGGGCGCGACAUCGUUGAAACUGUAUCCAGUCCCGGGUGGAGUCCGACGUCGUUGCUCCAACACUGUUUUCUACUUCUCUGCUCCGUUCGUUCGAUCCAUCUGCAGCUAUCGCACGACCGCCGUCGUUUCAGCGUGCCAUCGAGUAACCAUUAUUUUAGAGAGAACCGUAUAAGAUGUACAAAUCCGGGUUACAUUCAAUUGUUCACAUCAGUUCACCAUCACAUCAAAUCGCAAAAGAUUUGGCUACUUCUCUAUUAAAGGAUGAUAUGGCUGUUGGCGUUUGCCUUAUUCCUACUGUAUCAAUCAUGUAUAAAUGGAAAGGAGAAGUGAUAGAAGAUACCGAAGCAUUGAUGAUUGUUAAGACGCGUACAUCAAAAGUAGGGGAUUUAUUGAAUAAAGUGAACACAAUGUCAUCAUCUCCUGACUCCGACGAAUGUAACAUAAUCGCUAUUAAAGUGGAAAACUUAAAAGUUCCUUACUUUGAUUGGUUGAUUGAUAGCAUUCCUGAAAAUUCUGAAUAUUUAAGCAGAUUAUCACCAUAAUUUGAAUGGAAAUUUUAAAGAACAAUACCUACAUUAUCUAAGUCUUAUAACCCAAUAAUUAUUAUUGAGUUUUACCUAUAUUAAAUAAGUUUACUCUA